AUGCCCCCCCCGCCCUCAACAAUGAAAGUGGUCCACCAGCCGGACCCCAAGUCCACCAACCUUGUCCUCGACGACGGCCCACUGCCGGAGCGUGUACACCCCGAAGAUUGCCUGAUUCGCGUCUACACCGCAUCACCAUGCCUUGGCGAGCUUCACUGGGAGGAGUGGUUCCCGUCCCUAUUCGCCCCGGGCCGCGAGAGGGUCCCGUGCACUGAGGCUGCUGGUGUCGUAGUCGAGGCACCGCCGGCCGCAGCCCAACGCGACGAGGCCACGCCCGGCAAGCACAUCUUCAAAGAGGGCGACCACGUGUUUUUCCGCCUCAAGCCGGAAAUGACCGGAAACCUUCGGCAGUACACCGUCGCGCGCACGUCGCAGAUGGCGCGCAAGCCCAACAAUCUCGGCUGGGUCGAGGCCGGCGCCACGCCAUUGAGCGCCCUGACUGCCUGGCAGGGCGUCUUUGACCAGGGCGCUCUGGACCACCGCGGCCUGCUCGGUGACGCGGACGCCCGUCACAGGAACAGCAAGAUUCGAAUCCUCAUCACCGGCGCCGCAGGCGUGGUUGGCUCAUGGGCGGUACAGCUGGCCGCCCUGGCAGGCGCGGGCGCCGUGGUUGCUUACGCCGGAGGAACCUCGUCGGCCGACCAGGUCAAGAAGCUUGGCGCCACCGAGACCAUUGACUAUAAAAUAACCAAGCUAGACGUCUGGGUGGCGCAGGACCCUGAGCAGCGAUCCGUGGACGCUGUUCUGGAUUGCGUGGGCGGCCCUACGCUGGCGUCUUGCUGGCACGUGGUGAAACAGGGCGGCGUUUUGCUAAGUGUGGCUGGCGACCCGGCCCAGAACAGACCAGAGUCUGUGACGAAAACUACAUCCGUUGCCAAAUGGUUCCUGGUAGAGCCAAAGGGAAGCCAGCUCGCUCUGAUCGCGAAGCUCAUGGAAGAAGGAAAAUGCAGGACCAAAGUGGACAGUGCUGUCGAAUUUGAAGACUUUCAGACUGCUUUUGAAAAGGUAGAGCAGAAGACGGCCAAAGGGAAAAUUGUGAUCAAGAUUGCCAAAUUUGAUAAUUAA